AUGAGUGUUGUGAGGAAAAACGAAAAAGCGAAAAGAUUCAAGAGGAUUACUCUCGCUUCAUUGGUCAUUUUCGGACUUUUAGGAUCUUCAAUCGCCUUCUACCAAUGCGUCCGAGAAUACCUCUCCUUCGAGAUCCAUACCGAGCAAAAGUUCGUUGAAGUCCGCGAGCAACCAUUUCCAACAGUGACGCUCUGCUUGAACUCGAUGCAUUCGAAGGAGAAAAUCAGGGAAUAUUAUCCCGAGUUGGAAUAUAUUCUUGACUUAUUGUACUUCAAUCAGCAGAUGAAUGAAGAAACCCUCCAGGAGAUCAAAUCUGGUCACUUGGCAGGGAACAGUGACUGGAGAAAUUAUGAUGAGGUCAUUAUCGUCGAAGAGUUACUCCGUUCAACAACGAUGUGGGAAUUUGUUAACAAAACAAGUUCUCAUUUCAUGGUUUCGGCCUGCCGUGCUGGCUCAGUUGACUGUUCUGAGCGGACUGGUGUAUGGAAAGAUGAUUUUUUUGAACAAGGAAGAUGCAAGACCUUUUCUGGUUCUUCUGCUAGAUAUCUUGAUCUCAUCAUGAUUUACAACAGAACAGAUUGGACAGUCGGCUGGUCAAGUUUCUACGAUGGAAUAACGCUUUACUACUCAGAAAAUACCUACAAAAAUGAUGCCAUAUCAAAGCCGAUGAUAUUUAAUCGAAUGAUCACAAAUCCGACAAAUGCAGCUGUUGUUGGGCUCUCGAAGACAAAGAAUGCUAAGCUUGGAAAACCAUACUCACAGUGUGUCAAAAAUGGAACGCUUAAGUACAGCAGUGCUGAAUACACUAUGGAUAGCUGUCUCCAUGAGUGCAAGGGUAAUAAAAAUUAUCUGGUUCAUAACUAA